AUGAGAAAAGGUUUGCUGAGCCUCCAAGUGUUAACCGAAGAAACAAAUGACUGCAAGGAAGAAGUUAAGCUUCCCCCAGCUAAGCUUCCCCCAACGACCACCCCCACCAAGAAAGCACCCAGGAAAAGGAACAAAUGGAACUUACUGAAAUGCGCCUACAUGAUGGUCACCUUCUUGUUUGUGUCCUACAAUAAAGGAGACUGGUGCUACUGCCACUACUGUAGCGGAGACCCGGACGUCAGGAAUGACCCCUGCUGUUCUUUCUAGCAACUUUGCUCCAUCUCAGGUCGGCCUUCACGGGUCCUUCAUCUCCCAGGUAGUCUCACCUCCCAAGAAGGCUCUUUGUGCCCUGGACAGCAAAUGUGGAGGGGAAC